CUGUUUGCGACCAAGAUGAAGGCAUAUUGGUACGAUGACAGUCCGGCGGACCAGCGUGGCCCUCACGACUCCGGCCGCCCCGUCCCCACCGACCUCCUCUCCUCCCUCGGCGUCCUCUACUCCCACCACCCCACCCUCGCCACCGUCGAGCAGCUCGCCCAGGAGCGCGGCUACAAGAACCGGGACGAGAUCGCCAUCUCGCCGGAGACCAUGGGCGACGCGUACGACGCGAAGCUGAAGAUGUUCUUCAGCGAGCAUCUGCACGAGGACGAGGAGAUCCGAUAUAUCUUGGAGGGGGCGGGGUAUUUCGACGUGCGGUCGAAGAAUGAUGCGUGGGUGCGGAUUCGGUUGGAGAAGGGAGAUUUGAUUAUCCUGCCGGCGGGAAUUUAUCAUCGGUUUACGACGGAUGGUGGCAAUUACAUCAAGGCUAUGCGCCUGUUUAAGGAGGAACCUAAAUGGACUCCGCUCAACCGCACUGAGGAGACAGAUAGCAAUCAGUAUCGCGCGGCAUAUCUGAAAGCUCGGAACGGAUUGGUUGCUCAUUGAGAGGAUGGGGGAAUCUAGCCGUGCGAUGGACCGCAAAGACAUCCUGAUGGCCGUUGAAAAUCGACGGAGUACGGCUAAGCCCCAUCCGUUUGGAGGAAACCAAGUAGGGAAUAGGAAUCGAGAUACUAUCUGGUUAAAACGGUGCUGCAGUCCUCCUCAACCGAGGACUGUGACCCUAAGAGAUUCUGCUAAG